CGCACGCGUUGCGACGGAAAGGUUUGAGUGGCGCGCUGGGUAGUCCUUCCUGCGCUCGGUUUCCGCGGUGGGGCACCUCAGGAUGCGCUGUUAGCGGGCGCUGCUGCUGAAAAGAACAAUCACUACGCUUAUGGCAGGGAUUUUACGCUCAGUAGUUCAGAGGCCCCCAGGCAGGCUACAGACUGUGACAAAAGGUGUGGAGUCUCUCCUUGGUACAGAUUGGAUUCGUCACAAAUUUACCAAAUCAAGAAUUCCAGAUAAAGUAUUUCAGCCUUCACCAGCAGAUCAUGAAAAAUACGGUGGGGAUCCACAGCACCCUCAUAAACUACACAUCGUUACCAGAAUAAAAAGUACAAAAAGACGUCCAUACUGGGAAAAAGAUACAAUAAAGAUGCUUGGAUUAGAAAAAGCACAUACCCCUCAAGUUCACAAGAAUAUCCCUUCUGUGAAUGCAAAACUGAAAGUGGUUAAACAUUUGAUAAGAAUCCAGCCCCUGAAGCUACCACAAGGACUUCCAACAGAAGAGAAUAUGUCUUCCACAUGCCUCAAGAGCACUGGGGAGUUAGUAGUGCAGUGGCAUCUAAAGCCUGUGGAGUAGAAAGCAGUUAAGUCCUGACACCAUUGCAGCAUCAGAUUAAAAAGUGCAAAUUAUUUUUAUUUAAAGUUGGUGAGAAAAUGUUUUCAUUAAAAUCUUUAAAAUGUAUUUGAAA